CCAUGGUAACUGCGCCACGGUGGAGACGCCGCCGCCGCGGGGGCUGCUCGCUUCCUGCCGCCACCCGGGCCAUAACAACGGGCAGUCGCCUCCGGGGCUCUGCUGCCGGCAGCCGCCAGGACCAUCAGGUAUCCAUCAGGAGCUUGGAGCAUGGCCAUGAGCAGCGUCAGUGACCCCGUGGUUCUCAGCAAUGGCAGCAUCUUGUCCAACGCUGCUGGCCCAGGUAUCGUUGCGGCUACGGACGGAGAUGUUGCGGUCCAACAGCUCCCAUCCAAGGAACCACCAAGAGCAAAAGCGAGUCCAAACGGCUGCCUGCAACUUAAUGGUACAAUCAAACCCUCCUUUCUGCCUUUAGACAACCAAAGAACUCAGCAAAUGUUGUCGCAAUGCUGCCACCCCUGUCCGUACCAUCAUUCUUUAAGCAGCCACAAUAGCAAGCAAGAAUGUCACUCGGUGGUUGGCAGCUCAGCACCAUCUCCCAUGACCUCGUGCUGCGUGCAGCCACAUUCUGAGUAUUCAGCCUCUAUUUGCCAAAAACACCCCCCCGUCUAUCAGCCUGCCUGCUGUCUUCAGCCCUCCCCGUCCUUCUGCCUUCACCAGCAGUGGCCUGACCAUUUUCAGCAUCAGCCUGUGCAGCAGCACAUAGCCAGGAUAAGGCCAGCCAGACCGUUCAAGUUACCAAAAAGCUACGCUGCGCUGAUAGCCGACUGGCCCGUGGUGGUCCUGGGCAUGUGUACGGUGUUGAUAGUGGUGUGUGCCCUGGUUGGAAUACUGGUUCCAGAUCUUCCAGAUUUCUCUGAUCCGUUGCUGGGGUUUGAACCACGAGGGACGGCCAUAGGACAGAGAUUGGUCACGUGGAACAACAUGGUCAAAAACACGGGGUACAAAGCCACGCUUGCAAACUAUCCUUUCAAAUAUGCAGAUGAGCAAGCUAAAAGUCAUCAGGAUGACAGAUGGUCAGACGAUCACUACGAGAGAGAGAAGAGACAAGCAGAGUGGAACUUCCACAAGGACACCUUCUUCUGCGAUAUUCCCAGUGAUCGCUAUUCACGAGUGGUGUUUACAUCAACAGAAGGAGAGAAUUUAUGGAAUUUGAAUGCAAUUAAGUCCAUGUGCAAUGUAGAUAACUUGAGGAUCAGAUCCCAUUCCCACUUUGGCGAUCUCUGCCAGAGAGCCACUGCGGCUUCCUGCUGCCCCAGCUGGACGCUGGGCAACUACAUCGCCAUCCUGAACAACAGGUCCUCCUGUCAAAAAAUCGUGGAGAGGGACGUCUCCCACACCCUCAAGCUGCUCCGCACGUGUGCCAAAUACUACUACAACGGGACGCUGGGGCCCGACUGCUGGGAUAUGAGCGCCAAGAGGAAGGACCAGCUCAAGUGUACAAACGUGCCUCGCAAGUGUACCAAGUACAACGCUGUUUACCAGAUCCUCCACUAUCUCGUGGACAAGGAUUUCCUAAGCCCAAAGACAGCCGACUACGUCCUACCAGCUUUAAAGUACAGCAUGCUCUUCUCCCCCACGGAGAAGGGGGAAAGCAUGAUGAGUAUUUACCUAGAUAACUUUGAGAACUGGAACGCUUCCGACGGUGUCACCACCGUCACCGGGAUCGAGUUUGGAAUAAAACACAGGUUGUUCCAGGAUUACCUGCUGAUGGAUACUGUGUAUCCUGCCAUAGCCAUUGUAAUUGUUCUAUUAGUUAUGUGUGUGUACACAAAGUCCAUGUUUAUCACGCUGAUGACGAUGUUUGCAAUAAUUAGUUCCUUGAUUAUUUCGUACUUUCUCUAUCGGGUAGUAUUUAAUUUUGAAUUCUUUCCGUUCAUGAACCUCACUGCGUUGAUUAUUCUUGUUGGGAUUGGAGCAGAUGAUGCUUUUGUCUUGUGUGACGUUUGGAACUACACAAAGUUUGACAAACCUCAUGCUGGAACCUCCGAGACGGUGAGCAUCACCUUGCAGCACGCUGCUCUCUCCAUGUUCGUCACGAGUUUUACUACCGCCGCUGCCUUCUACGCUAAUUACGUCAGCAAUAUCACAGCAAUCAGGUGUUUUGGUGUUUACGCCGGCACUGCCAUCUUGGUGAAUUACGUUUUGAUGGUCACGUGGCUGCCUGCUGUGGUUGUGUUACACGAACGAUACCUUCUCAAUAUUUUCAGCUGCUUUAAGAAACCUCAGCAGAGGGUGUACAGCAACAAAAACUGCUGGACAGUGUUGUGCCAAAUGUUCCACAAGGUUAUUUUUGCAGUCUCAGAAGCGUCCAGGAUAUUUUUUGAAAAAGUGUUGCCGUGCAUCGUUAUCAAGUUUCGAUACAUCUGGCUUUUCUGGUUCCUUGCCUUAACAAUAGGUGGAGCUUAUAUCGUGUGUGUAAAUCCAAAGAUGAAAUUGCCAUCCUUGGAGCUCUCUGAGUUUCAGGUAUUUAGGUCUUCUCACCCCUUUGAACGAUACGAUGCAGAAUACAAAAAGCUUUUUAUGUUUGAACGUGUCCACCACGGAGAAGAGCUCCACAUGCCGAUUACGGUCAUCUGGGGUGUCACACCUGAGGAUAACGGUGACCCUUUAAACCCUAAAAGUAAAGGAAAGCUGCAGCUAGAUAGCAGUUUUAACAUCGCUAGCCCGGCUUCACAGGUGUGGAUUUUACGUUUCUGUCAGAAGUUAAGAAAUCAGACAUUUUACUAUCAGACUGACGAACAAGACUUCACGAGCUGCUUCAUUGAAACGUUUAAGCAGUGGAUGGAAAAUCAAGACUGUGACGAGCCGGCUCUUUACCCCUGCUGCAGCCACUGGAGCUUUCCCUACAAACAAGAAGUUUUUGAAUUAUGUAUCAAGAGAGCGAUAAUGGAGCUAGAAAGAAGCACAGGGUACCAUUUAGACAGUAAAACCCCAGGGCCUCGCUUUGACCUGAACGACACCAUCAGGGCAGUGGUGUUGGAGUUCCAAAGCACCUACCUCUUCACGCUGGCUUAUGAGAAAAUGCAUCAGUUCUACAGAGAGGUGGACUCCUGGAUUUCAAGUGAGCUUAGUUCAGCUCCGGAAGGUCUUAGCAAUGGCUGGUUCGUGAGUAACCUCGAAUUUUACGAUCUUCAGGACAGCCUUUCUGAUGGGACUCUGAUUGCCAUGGGUCUUUCGGUUGCUGUUGCGUUUAGCGUAAUGCUUCUUACAACUUGGAAUAUAAUCAUCAGCCUUUAUGCAAUAGUUUCGAUAGCCGGAACUAUUUUUGUCACUGUAGGUUCUCUGGUUCUUCUUGGGUGGGAGCUAAACGUGUUAGAAUCUGUCACUAUUUCAGUGGCUGUUGGCUUAUCUGUAGACUUUGCUGUUCAUUACGGAGUGGCUUAUCGCUUAGCCCCGGACCCUGACCGAGAGGGGAAGGUAAUUUUUUCUUUAAGCCGUAUGGGUUCUGCUAUUGCAAUGGCUGCCCUGACGACAUUUGUAGCUGGAGCCAUGAUGAUGCCCUCCACGGUGUUGGCCUACACGCAGCUGGGGACUUUCAUGAUGCUUAUCAUGUGCAUUAGUUGGGCUUUUGCAACGUUCUUCUUCCAGUGCAUGUGCCGGUGCCUCGGGCCCCAGGGCACUUGUGGCCAGAUCCCGCUACCGAAAAAACUGCGGUGUAACGCCUUCUCUCAGACCUUUUCAGGAGCCCAAGGGGGCAGAGGACAAAAUAAAUCCCAUGCUGUUAGCAAGUACCAGCUGGACUCCCGAAAUCCAAAGCCGGAAAUGGAGCACGAGCACUACGAGCUGGAGCCGCUGGCGUCGCAGCCGGGCGGCUGUAACCCUGCUGAGAAAGUGACUUUUGAAGAAACCCACAUCUGCUCGGAGGUCUUCAGCACCAGGCCCCAAAACACCUGUGUGCCUCUACAUCCAGCCUACGGCAACGAAGUGGGUAAAAGCAUAAAAAACGUCGCUGGCUCAGCUGUGCUGCAGACCUCUCUUGACCAGCACGCCCUAUGCCCCAUUUUCUCCCAGAGCAGGCAGUGUAGCUGCCCUGAUGCCUACAAGCAAGUGGCGGUGAAGUGGAGCCCACACUCCUGUCAACAGUUGAGCGAUGCCUUCUGUUACCAGUGCUCUCCUUCUCCGGGGACCGUGCAGAUCCAGAGCUCCGUAGCUCCCAUCAAUGCUUUACAGCCGACCACCGAAGGGUACGUGCACCCCCUCCCGCACGUCCUCCACUGCACCUGCCUUCAGGGAAGGCUCAAAAGAACCGUGACCCAGAACUCGCUGCCUAAAAACUUCCUCCUCCAGUCCGUGCAACAGUUCCAGGCACAUCAAAGAAUAAACCGGACAGAUUCACACCCUCAUCCCAACCCCGAGGAAAACGUAAGGACCGUUCCAAAGGUGAUGAGCUCCUCCCAGUUCCUCUGCCGAAACGCGGGGCCUCUCGUAGUGCGUUGCUCCGAAUGCGAGAAGAGCUUAUCCAAUAACCCCAAGGGCUUCUGCCCGCAGACGGACACGCGCGACGAAAAGGGCGGCGCGGAAGCCAACGGGGUCGAAAGCAAGAAACCCUCUCUCUCCAAGCAGAAAAAGAAAGGGGAGAGCAAGGUGGAUCCCCAUUCCUCGCAGAACGAGCGGGUCCCCAAGGCUGACCCGGGUGAGAAGCAGCCCCCGGUGAGUCGGGCGGGGGCAGAGGCUCGCUGCCAGGGCUGCCGCCGGGGCUCCCGCUGCGGUAGCCAGGCUCUGGCAGCCAAGUGCAAUUCUGUUGACUGUCAAAUGCCAAACGUCGAAGCCAAUGUGCCUCCUGUGUUAAUGCGCCCAGAGCUUUCCAAUGAGAGUUUGUUAAUAAAAACGCUAUAAGAAA